AUGGCGCGCCCGCUGCUCCUCUCCGGUGGACCCAUCUACGUCCCGCCGCGUCAGGCAGCAGCGGUCGGCCACGCCGUCGCCGGUGUCGCCGACGACAAGUCAGGCCCGGCCUACCAGCGGCGGACCUGGGACGCGCUGAGGGCCAGCAUAACCGGCCACGUCAACAAGGCCACGCCCGCCAACAUCCGCCACGUCCUGCCGGAGCUCCUUGCCGAGAACCUCGUUCGCGGGCGCGGCCUGCUCUGCCGCGCGCUGCUCAAGUCCCAGGCCGCCUGCCCGGCCUUCACCGACGUGUUCGCCGCGAUCGCGGCCGUCGUUAACUCCAAGAUCCCGGCCGUCGGCCGGCUCCUACUCGUCCGCCUCGUGGUGCGCCUCCGGCGCGCCCACGUCACUGGCGACAAGCACCAGCUGGCGGCCGCGGCGAUGUUCGUCGCCCACCUCGUGAACCAGGGCGUGGCGCACGAGCUGCUGGCGCUGGAGCUCGUCGAGAUGCUGCUCGCCGAGCCCACGGACGACGGCGUGGAGGUGGCUGUCGGGGUCGUCACGGAGUGCGGCGCGUGCCCCAGAGAGGUCGACGCCGUGUUCGACGCCCUCCGGAGCAUCCUCGUCGAUGCCGACGUGGACCGGCGCAUCGGGUUCUUGAUCGAGGGCCUCUUCGCGGUUCGGAGAACCCAGUUCCGGGGGCACCCUCCCGUCCGCCCAGAGCUGGACCUCGUCGAGCAGGAGGAUCAGUUCACGCAUCAGAUCGAGACCCCCCUCGAGGACAGCCAUGUCAAGCAGCUCGACCCCGAGACCCAUCUCGACGUGUUCAAGCCAAGCGCCACCUUUCUGCAGGACGAGGCAGCCUACGAAGACCUCAAGCGAAGCAUGCUAGGAGACGAUGGCGAGCACAUUGAAGAAAGCGAGCCCAACGACGACGACGACGACUUCCACAGGGAAGACAUGGAGAUGGAGGUGAUCAAGGACGAGACGGCCACCAACCUGAUCAACCUCCGGAGGACGAUAUACCAGACGAUCAUGUCGAGCGCCGGCGCCGAGGAGGCCGGGCACAAGCUCCUGUCCAUCGUGAGGCCGGGCCAGGAGGCGGAGCUCUGCGCCAUGCUCGUGGAGUGCUGCAAGCAGGAGAGGGCGUCGUCCAACACGAGGUUCCACGGCCAGCUCGGGCAGCGGCUUUGCCGGAUCAGCCGGGCGUACCAGGCAGGCUUCGAGGCGUGCUUCGCGCGGUGCUACGCGGCGGCGCACCGCAUUGGAACCGACGAGCUGCGGGCCGCCGCGGGGCUCUAA